CAAACAAAGUGUAGAAGUGUGACGUACCUCGCCACUUUGUUUUAGCUGCGAAAAUGACGAAAAGAGCCUGUCCGUUCCCCGAGACCUUCUCCUCCCAGUACAAAGUACACAUCCGACAACAGGAGCUCAACAACCUCGGCGUGUUUGGGAACAAAUACCGGCAGGAAACCUACGAGAAGACAAAGAACUUGCUCUUCAUGGGAGCCAAGGCUGUGAUGGGCAGACUCUGGACCGGGGAGGAGAAGACCACCGAGCCCCAGGCAGCAGGACCAGCGGAGACCCCCUCCUGUAGCCAGACCCUGCUGAGAGGACAGACACUGAUCGGACACGACGGGAGACUGACGCGAGUCAACGCUGCGGCAGGUGCACCUGUGGUCCCUGCAGGCUGCUGUGUUUGUCAGAAGAGCCAAGGCGCCAGGACUCCGUGCUCCCAGUGUGACCGUCCAGCGUGUUCCUCCUGUACCCGCCAGUGCUCCAGCUGCUCCAGCCCCUGCUGCUCUGUCUGCACCAUCAUAGAUUACAGCGGACAAUAUGAAGAGGUACUGUGCUGCAGCUGCUCGACAUAAAGGACUGAUCAGGAGUUUAUGCUUGACGAUGUAUCUAAUGUACAUGUAGUUAACUCACAUAAGAUAUUACUAAGAUUACAUUUUAUACCUGUGCUGUUUUUUUUAACGAUAUGAUCCAAAUCUUUAUUGUAUAUGUGUAAAUGUAUUCCCUUUUCAAAAUUAACUGAAAUAAACUUGAACCAUUUUGUA